AUGUGGGCAAGGAAUCUUAUGGCCCGAGCCUUGUAUGACAAUGUCCCGGAGUGUGCCGAGGAGCUGGCUUUCCGCAAGGGAGACAUCCUGACUGUCAUCGAGCAGAACACGGGGGGGCUGGAGGGAUGGUGGCUGUGCUCCUUACACGGCAGGCAGGGCAUUGUCCCCGGCAACCGUGUGAAGCUUCUGAUUGGCCCCGUGCAGGAGACCUCCUCCAAUCAGGACCUGCCCACGUCGGGACUGGGGCCGCCACCCUUUGGCCAACAGAAGCUCUAUCAAAUACCAAACCCACAGGGCGCCCCUCGAGACAGCAUCUACCAAGUGCCACCAUCCUACCAAAAUCAGGGAAUUUACCAAGUCCCCACCGGCCAUGGGACCCAGGAACAAGAUGUGUAUCAGGUGCCACCUUCAGGGCAGAGAGGCGCUGGGGGCGCUAACGGUCCCCACCUAAGUAAAAAGGUGAUCACGCCGGUGAGGACAAGCCACGGCUAUGUGUACGAGUACCCGACCAGAUACCAAAAGGACGUCUACGAUGUCCCUCCUUUCCAGACGGCUCACGGGGUGUACGACAUCCCACCGUCCUCUGUGAAGGGCCCCGUGUUUUCUGUCCCAGUGGGAGAAAUAAAGCCUCAAGGAGUCUAUGACAUCCCUCCUAGCAAAGGGGGAUAUUCCACUCCACCCUCCGGCUACAGAGACGAGGCCGGGCUCCGGGAGAAAGAGUACGACUUUCCGCCUCCGCUGAGACAAGCGGGCAGGCCUGAGGGCAUCUAUGACAUCCCCCCGACGGGCGCCAAGCCCCUGGGGAAGGACCUGCACCCUAAGUACAACGGCGACGCCCCCGGGGCUGCCGAGCUGGCCCCGCGGAGACACGGGGGCGCGUCCCUGACCCAGCCGGCCCCCCAGCCGGCCCCACCCGUGGGCUCCCAGAACAACGAUGCCUACGACAUCCCCCGGGGCGUCCAGUUUCUGGACGCGCCAGCAGAAACCAGCGAGAAGGCCAGCCCGGAAGAGAGGGACGGGGUGUACGACGUGCCGCUGCACCAGCCGCCGGAAGCCAAGGGCCCCGCGGACGUGGUGGACGGCAUCAACCGGCUGUCCUUCUCCAGCACGGGCAGCACGCGGAGCACCAUGUCCACGUCCUCCACCACCUCCAAGGAGUCCUCGCUGUCCACCUCCCCGGCGCAGGACAGGAGGCUCUUCCUGGACCCGGACGCGGCCCUCGAGCGCCUGCUCCGGCUGCAGCAAGCCCUGGACGGGGCCGUCUCCAGCCUGAUGGCGCUGGUCACCACGGACUGGCGGAGCUACGGCUACAUGGAGCGGCACGUCAACGGGGUCCGCGCCGCCGCGGACAGGGUGGAGCUGGUCCUCAGGGACUACCUGCACUUCGCGCAGGGCGCCGCGGCCAACGCCGCCUGCCUCCCCGAGCUCGUCCUCCACCACAAGGUGAAGCGCGAGCUCCAGCGGCUGGAGGACUCCCACCAGAUCCUGGGCCAGACCAGCCACGAGCUGAGCGAGUGCGGCUGGUCCCUGAACGUGCUGGCCGUCCACAAGCCCCACAACAAGUGGGACAGUCUGGACCGCUUCGUGAUGGUGGCCAAGAGCGUGCCGGACGACGCCAAGCAGCUCACCACGACCAUCAGCACCAACGCCGAGGCCCUCUUCAGAGCCGGCCCCGGGAAGGGCGGGCCGGAGAGCAUCACGAACUCCACCGAGUACCCGCCCGCCGGCUCCCCGGGGCAGCUGCUGCCCCCCGGGGACCACAAGGCCCCCGCCCUCAACAAGCCACUGCCCCCCAGCCUGGGCAAGGAGCAGCCCCCCGACUGUAGCAGCAGCGAUGGUUCGGAAAGGAGCUGGAUGGAUGACUAUGAUUACGUCCACCUGCAGGGGAAGGAGGAGUUCGAGAGGCAACAGAAAGAGCUCUUGGAAAAAGAAAAUAUCAUCAAACAGAAUAAGAUGCAGCUGGAACAUCAUCAGCUGAGUCAGUUCCAGCUGCUGGAACAGGAAAUCACGAAGCCCGUGGAGAACGACAUCUCCAAGUGGAAGCCGUCGCAGAGCCUCCCGACCGCCAGCAGCGGCGUGAGCGCGCAGGACCGGCAGCUCCUCUGCUUCUAUUAUGACCAAUGCGAGACCCAUUACAUCUCCCUGCUCAGCGCCAUCGACGCGCUCUUCAGCUGCCUCAGUGCGGCGCAGCCUCCGAGGAUCUUCGUGGCCCACAGCAAAUUUGUCAUCCUCAGCGCCCACAAACUGGUGUUCAUCGGAGACACGCUGACCCGGCAGGUGGCCGCCCAGGACGUUCGCAACAAAGUGAUGAACGCCAGCAACCAGCUGUGCGAGCAGCUCAAGACUAUAGUUUUGGCCACCAAGACAGCCGCGCUCCACUACCCCAGCACCCCCGCCCUGCAGGAGGUGGUCCACCAGGUGACCGACCUGUCCAGGAACGCGCAGCUCUUCAAGCGCUCUCUGCUGGAGAUGGCCACGUUCUGA